AUGACGUCUAGGAAAAGGUCUCCGCACGAUUUCAUAUUUAAAGAGGAACUGGGCCAUGGCUCUUACUCUACUGUGUUUAAAGCUCUAGAUAAAAAAAGCCCGAAUAAAAUUUAUGCCAUUAAAGUUUGUUCGAAGAAACACAUAAUCAAAGAAGCUAAGGUAAAAUAUGUCACCAUUGAAAAGAAUACCAUGAAUUUGUUGGCACAAAAGCAUCACGCGGGUAUAAUCAAACUAUACUAUACUUUUCACGAUGAGGAAAAUCUUUAUUUUGUUUUGGAUUUUGCCCCAGGUGGAGAACUACUUUCCUUAUUGCACAAAAUGGGUACUUUCAAUGAUAUAUGGACGCGUCAUUUCACUGCACAGUUAAUUGAUGCAUUAGAAUUUAUCCAUUCACAUGGCAUCAUUCAUAGAGACUUAAAACCGGAAAACGUCCUUUUAGACAGGGAUGGUAGACUUAUGAUUACUGAUUUUGGGGCCGCUGCCACCAUAGACCCUAGUUUAAGCGGAGAUUCGGCCAAGUUUAACUCUGACAGCAACGGCUCAAAAGACAACCAAAAUUGCGCUUCCUUUGUUGGUACUGCCGAAUAUGUCUCUCCAGAGCUGCUUUUAUACAACCAAUGCGGUUAUGGCUCAGAUAUAUGGGCACUAGGUUGCAUGAUAUAUCAGUUUGUCCAAGGACAACCGCCGUUUAGAGGGGAGAAUGAGCUGAAGACAUUUGAAAAAAUCGUAGCAUUAGAUUAUCCAUGGGGACCCAAUAACCGCAUCAAUAAUAGCACAUCACCAAUAAAUCCCCUUGUAAUAAACUUAGUACAAAAAAUAUUGGUGAUAGAGGUCAAUGAGAGAAUCUCUCUCGAACAGAUAAAAAGACACCCAUAUUUUUCAAAAGUAGAUUGGAAUGAUAAAAUCAAAAUAUGGAGAGGAAUCUGGCAAUCACAAGGACAAUCGCUGCAACAAACUACUUUGGGACUCCCAAAUAUACCGCAGAAUAUACUACCCACCAGACAAUUACAUGUAAUUGACACUCCAGCACGAAGUAUACAAAUCACAAAACAAAAACGUAAGAAACCAACGAAAAUUUCCAACACUACUAGUAGCAUAGUAGUAUGGAGAAAAAGGCUUGGUAUAUCAACAGGUAAGGAUGAUUUAGGCACCGUACCGUCCACUACGCCUGCAGUGACCGCCCCUAAUGAUACCAAUGUAUUAACAAAUACGGCGGCACAUUCUACUGCAAAUAUUGCCUUACCGCCUAAUUCACAAUCCAAUCAAGUCAAGCGAGCACAACUAGUUGCACCAAAUAGAAUACCUCCCAAAGUACCGGUAAUUAAUGACAACGUGAGAAAUAAGUCAAUUCCGCGCACAAAGCCUAAUGUGCCACCUUUGCAAACAUCAUCAAUACCACAAAAGUUGUCAACAUCGUCAGCAUCGUCAGCUCUAUCGGCGCCGUCAACAGAGAUAAGGAACCAGGACUUAACACACACUUUAGAUGGAAGAAACUCAAUUGAUAUUCAUGUUUUAAAACAAGACUACGUCUUCAUUUAUGGCAUUCCAUAUGAACACGAAGGGCCUGCUAUGUCUUUGAACAGCUACAAUAAGAUCGAUAAUGAUUUAAUUACGUCACUAGUUGCGCAGCAUAAAGAAGAAUUAAAAAACUCAGAGUCGUUUUUACAGGUAUUGACUUUGAAGAAGAGCGGAAUGUUAAGUUACAAAAACACAGUUAUGGAGGGAAAUGAUGAUCAAGAAAACAAAGAACACCAGAUGGCUAAUAUAGAAGAUACAGACUUGUCCAUGUACGAUUUUGAAUUCAAUGAGUUGACAAGGAAGGGUUUUUUAAUCCUGGAAAAAUAUAAGAAUAGAAUAUGGUUUAUCUCGCUACCUUCAUAUUCAACGUUAUCCAAAAUACCAUUCAAUGCCGUGAAGUCUUCGACAAUAAAUAACAAUGAAAAUUGGGUCGAUUGCUUUUUCAGAGCAAGACAACUACUAGAAGAAAAGCAAAUUCUUGAUAAAAUCAGUAACGUUUCCUUUGAUAGUAAGGCAUCGAGUGAACCAUCAUCACCUCCGCCUAUUUCAAGAAAAGAGCGGCCUCUGAGUAUAGGAAAUAAUGUAACAACACUCAGCUAUACUGCAAAAAAUGGAAGCCAGAACAAUGCACCACAAAACGAUAAUGUUGGAGAAGAAAAACCUUUUCGCAUACCUAGUAGUACCAAGGAUAGGCCCGGUGCAAAUUCCACUCCUUCUUCAAGACAUCCUAGGGUUUUGUCAAGCAAUAACGCUGGUGAAACUCCGAAAAAAAUGAAUGGAAGAUUACCAAAUAGUGCACCUUCUACCAAUACAUAUACCAACGGUUCGGUCCCAGCUUUUAAUCAUAGGCCUUCUACUAAUGUAGGGAACAAUAAGCAUAAUAUUUUAACUUCGAAGAAGCAGGGAUCAUCCGUAUUUUCUCCUUCAUCUUCUACGACCAAGCCUCAAAUCAAAACAACAGGAUAUCGACAGCCAACACCUUCACCUCCACUUCCGCAAAUGGAAUUCCCAACUACGAGAGAAAAGUAUUCUGCUCCUUCUAACAUGGUGAUCAGUAGCAGCAGAUACGAGGUCUUACAUACCCUUAAUAACAGCCAAACAAACUUUGAUAGGGAAAUUGCUAGUAGGGGUGCCUCAGCAGCAUUUAGAAGUUUACAGAAGAGUAAGAAAAAAAAAUAA